GCCUCGCGGCGGCGGCGGGAAGAUGGCGGCGGCGGGAUCCCUGGAACGGAGCUUCGUGGAGCUAAGCGGGACCGAGCGCGAAAGGCCAAGGCGCUUUCGAGAAUUCACAGUCUGCGGCGUUGGGACUACAAAUCCCGUGGCUGGAACGGUUAAAUACAGUGAGAGUGCAGGGGGCUUUUUCUAUGUGGAAAGCGGCAAGUUGUUGUCCGUCACCAGAAACAGAUUCAUUCAUUGGAAGAUCUCCGCAGAUAUAUUGGAGCUGGUGGAGGAGUCACUGGACCUAAAUCUGUUGAAUAAUGCAGUUCGCCUAAAAUUCCAGAAUUGUAACAUCUUACCUGGAGGGGUUUAUGUCUCAGAGACCCAGAAUCAUGUGAUAAUCUUAAUAUUAACCAAUCAAACAGUGCACAGAUUACUUUUACCACACCCUUCCCGGAUGUAUAGGAAUGAGUUGGUAAUCGAAAGUCAGAUGCAGUCAAUAUUCACUGACAUUGGAAAAGUUGAUUUCAGGGAUCCUUGCAACUAUCAGUUAAUUCCAACAGUACCUGGACUAUGCCCUAAUUCUACCACCUCAGCAGCCUGGCUUAGCAGUGAUGGGGAGGCGCUGUUUGCUCUCCCAUCUGCUUCUGGGGGCAUCUUUGUUCUUAAACUACCUCCUCAUGACAUUUCUGGUAUAGUGUCCAUUGUGGAACUGAAACAGAGUUCAGUGAUGCAGCGAUUGCUCACAGGGUGGAUGCCAACAGCUAUCAGGGGUGAUCAGGGGCCUUCAGACCGUGCACUCAGUCUUGCUGUUCAUUGUGUGGAGCACGAUGCCUUCAUCUUUGCCCUGUGUCAGGACCACAAACUACGAAUGUGGUCUUAUAAGGACCAAAUGUGUCUGAUGAUAGCUGACAUGCUGGAGUAUGUCCCUGUGAACAAAGACCUUCGGCUCACUGCUGGAACUGGGCACAAAUUGCGACUUGCUUAUUCCCCUUCCAUGGGACUCUACCUAGGAAUAUACAUGCAUGCUCCAAAACGAGGACAGUUCUGCAUUUUCCAGUUGGUGAGCACUGAGAAUAACCGCUAUAGUCUAGAUCACAUUUCCUCAUUAUUCACUUCUCAGGAGACACUGAUUGACUUUGCCUUAACCUCCACGGAUAUCUGGGCCCUGUGGCAUGAUGUAGAGAACCAAACAAUUGUGAAAUACAUCAACUUUGAACAUAAUGUUGCAGGUCAGUGGAAUCCAGUUUUUAUGCAGCCUUUGCCAGAGGAAGAAAUUGUCAUCAGAGAUGAUCAAGACCCCAGGGAAAUGUAUUUGCGGAGUCUUUUUACACCAGGACGAUUCAUAAAUGCAGCUUUAUGUAAAGCUUUACAGAUUUUCUGCAGAGGAACUGAGAGGAAUUUGGAUCUUUCGUGGAGUGAACUAAAAAAAGAAGUUACAUUAGCUGUCGAAAGUGAGCUCCAAGGAAGUGUAACAGAGUAUGAAUUCUCCCGGGAGGCAUUUAGAAAUUUACAACAGGAAUUCUGGUGCAAAUUCUACGCCUGCUGUCUUCAGUACCAAGAAGCUCUCUCCCAGCCUCUUGCCCUACAUUUGAAUCCUCACACAAAUAUGGUGUGCCUACUGAAAAAAGGGUACCUAUCUUUUCUUGUGCCCUCCUCCUUAGUGGAUCAUCUGUAUCUCCUGUCUGAUGAGAACCUUGUGACAGAGGAUGAGACAACCAUUUCUGAUGAUGUGGAUGUCGCUCGGGAUGUCAUAUGUCUUAUAAAAUGCCUCCGGUUGAUUGGAGAGUCUGUAACUAUGGAUAUGUCAGUUAUGAUGGAAAUGAGUUGUUACAACCUACAGUCUCCAGAAAAGGCUGCAGAACAGAUUUUGGAAGAUUUGAUCACUAAUGACGUAGAAAAUGUGAUGGAAGAUAUCUGUAGUAAACUGCAAGAGAUUAGGAACCCUGUCCAUGCCAUUGGACUUCUUAUACGGGAAAUGGAUUAUGAAACAGAAGUGGAAAUGGAAAAAGGAUUCAAUUCAGCUCAGCCUUUGAAUGUUCGAAUGAACCUUUCCCAGCUCUAUGGUAGUAGCUCAGCGGGGUGUAUUGUGUGCAGAGGCGUGUAUAGAAUUGCUAGUACUCGAUUCCUGAUCUGCCGAGACCUCUUGAUCUUACAGCAACUACUGAUGAGGCUAGGAGAUGCAGUGAUUUUGGGAGCUGGCCAGCUCUUUCAAGCUCAGCAAGACCUGCUUCAUCGGACGGCUCCCCUGCUCUUAUCCUAUUACCUCAUUAAGUGGGGAAGUCAGUGCUUGGCAACUGAUGUUCCAGUGGACACACUGGAGUCUAAUCUCCAACACUUGUCAGUACUGGAACUAACUGACUCUGGUACUUUAAUGACAAACAAGUUUGAAGGCAUGAGAAGCUGUGGCCUAAGACCUGGAAAAGCAUAUAUGGUUAAAUUUCACCAAAAAAGUAAAAAACCUCCUUAUCCAGUGACUAGAUGGCCUAGCAAUCCUGGUUGUCUCUUUCUAGAAUGUUUGAUGGGAAAUUGUCAGUAUGUACAAUUGCAGGAUUAUAUUCAACUGCUACAUCCCUGGUGUCAAGUCAAUGUUGGUUCCUGUCGAUUUAUGCUGGGACGUUGUUACCUAGUUACAGGCGAAGGACAAAAGGCUUUGGAAUGUUUCUGUCAGGCAGCAUCAGAAGUGGGCAAAGAAGAAUUCUUAGAUCGCUUGAUCCGCUCAGAGGAUGGGGACAUUGUAUCCUCCCCCAGGCUGCAGUAUUAUGAUAAGGUUUUACGUCUUCUAGAUGUUGUUGGAUUGCCUGAGCUGGUUAUUCAGUUGGCUACAUCAGCAAUAACUGAAGCAGGUGAUGACUGGAAAAGUCAGGCUACUUUACGGACAUGCAUUUUCAAACAUCAUUUGGAUUUGGGUCACAACAGCCAAGCAUAUGAAGCCUUAACCCAAAUUCCUGACUCCAGCAGGCAGUUAGAUUGUUUACGGCAACUAGUGGUAGUUCUCUGUGAACGCUCACAGCUACAGGAUCUUGUAGAGUUUCCUUAUGUGAAUCUGCAUAAUGAGGUUGUGGCAAUAAUUGAAUCUCGUGCUAGAGCUGUGGACCUUAUGACUCACAAUUACUAUGAACUUCUCUAUGCCUUUCACAUCUAUCGCCACAAUUACCGCAAAGCUGGCACAGUGAUGUUUGAAUAUGGAAUGCGUCUUGGCAGAGAGGUUCGAACUCUCCGGGGACUUGAGAAGCAAGGCAACUGUUAUCUGGCUGCUAUCAAUUGUUUACGACUUAUUCGYCCAGAAUAUGCAUGGAUUGUGCAGCCAGCAUCUGGUGCAGUGUAUGAUCGCCCUGGAGCAUCCCCUAAAAGGAAUCAUGAUGGAGAGUGCACAGCUGCCCCAACCAAUCGGCAAAUUGAAAUCUUAGAACUGGAAGAUCUGGAGAAAGAGUGCUCCUUGGCUCGCAUUCGUCUCACUCUGGCUCAGCAUGAUCCKUCAGCAGUUGCAGUUGCAGGAAGUUCCUCAGCAGAGGAGAUGGUUGCUCUCUUGGUUCAGGCUGGCCUCUUUGACACCGCCAUAUCACUCUGUCAGACUUUUAAGCUUCCCUUAACACCAGUCUUUGAGGGGCUUGCUUUCAAAUGCAUCAAGUUACAGUUUGGAGGAGAGGCAGCACAAGCAGAAGCCUGGGCCUGGCUGGCAGCCAAUCAGCUGUCCUCCGUCAUCACUACUAAAGAAUCAAGUGCUACAGAUGAAGCAUGGCGACUAUUGUCUACUUAUCUAGACAGGUACAAAGUGCAGAAUAAYUUAUAUCACCACUGUGUAAUCAAUAAGCUCUUGUCCCAUGGAGUGCCUCUGCCCAAUUGGCUUAUAAACAGUUACAAGAAAGUUGAUGCUGCUGAGUUGCUUCGUCUAUACUUGAACUAUGACCUUUUGGAAGAAGCUGUGGAUUUGGUCUCUGAGUAUGUGGAUGCUGUAYUGGGAAAAGGACAUCAGUACUUUGGAAUUGAGCUAUCCCAGAAAAUACUUGACAAAUUAGAGGACUACCAGCAAAAAGUUGAUAAGGCAACACGUGAUUUAUUAUACCGCCGGAACUUGUGAUGAGGAUUGUUACUAGCCUUUGAAACCACUUGGUGCCUCUUAGGGCUUAAGACUACUCUACCAGGAACCCUGUACUCAAGGCUGAUUUUUGUAAAUGAUGUGUACAACACUCAAGUCUGCAUCCUGCACAGAACAGGAGAGCAGAAGAGUCAGAGGACCUGUGCUUGCUGGUGGUGCUAACACAAUUUCUGCUUUUCAACCUUGGUCUCUCAAACAGCUACUUUUGUAUAUGAUUCACAGCUUUUUUAGAGUUUAUAUAUUUUUUUAUAAACUAUUGAAGACAUUCUUUAUCUGCAAAUUAAGACCUACUCUCACGUUCCAAAAUAGCUGAUGGUUGUUGGUUUGUUAUAGCUGACCACCAAAAGCAGUCAUUGCAAAUAUUUUAAUUCUUCCCUAUCACUUUUUGUAUUUCAAUGGAAUUAUUUUGGUCCAGAACUGACAUGUAUUUUCUGUAUUGCAAAUGGAGGCUAAUGACUUUAUGUACUCUUUUCAUUAUUUAUUGUGGAGUUUUUGUAUGAUCUUCAAUAAAGUAUUAAAUAAUU